AUGACCCUGGCAGAUUUGGGCCGCAAAAAAUUUGUUUCACAGAGUGCUCUCAGCGAAUUGCUGAAGGAACUGAAAUCAUUAGAUGAACUGCCUGCUGCUACAUCCAGAUCCAGCGUCAAACGUGCCCGGGAUGAGAAGAUGAAGAUCCAUACGCCAGUUGGGCCCUUAUUUACAACCAGAAGUCUGGCUGCGAACGAUGGUGCAGGCCACAUGCCAAAUGAUUAUGUUUGUAAGUUCUACGCAUACUAUUGGUCACUGAUCCAGCACGGUCAGCGUGGCUUAACCAGGGAGGAUUUGUGGCACACAGUAUCUAUAGUUCGCAGCAACAACGUGGGAAGGCUGCAGGGAGGUGUCAGUUGUUUGACGAAGGUCAUCACCCAGCUCUUUACUCCUCUGGAAUCAGGACUCCUUCUCACACUUCACAGUGGACGCAAAGUCUUCUUGUUUGGACGCCUUCGGUGUCUCAUCGGAGACGAAGCCGCCUUAAAGGCGAUGUGGGCUGUCAAGGGAGCAGCUGGUACCCUGCCCUGCCUGUUCUGUUGGAACGUAGUGCAGGCCCGAAGCGACCUCCAUCUGUCGGAUCCCAGCGGCACUUUAGUCCCCCACACGUGUUUUGACAUAGGGCAGCUGCAGCUACGAACCGAUGCUGAAUUGGCCGCAGCGGCCUUGAUGUUGUCAUCUGAGAAGCCACUCCGUACAAAGAAAGCUUUUGAGACCCUGGAACAAUCCCUAGGGAUAAAUUUCAAUCCCGACGGUAUGCUUUUCCAUCCGGACUGUCCUCUCAAGCCCAUUGAGCACACUAUGUUUGACUGGCUGCAUGUAUAUCUUGUCAAUGGAAUAUUUCAAUGUGAAAUCAAUUUGCUGCUCCCUGUUCUCGCGGCAAAUGGCCGAAGUCAUGCAGCUCUUUGUCAGUUUAUGAAAUCUUUCCAAGCUCCACAAGAUCAGAAGUCGAAUCUCACCGGUGCCAUCAAAACCUUUGAGAAAUCCAAGACAAAAGACGGUUGGAAACCCUUCGCCAGUGAAGUUUUGUGCACAUACCCAUUGCUCAGGCUGUUUGUCAUGGAUACUGCGUUUGUCCAGGAAGGACAUAUUCUGAUGGCCUCAUCCUUUCUACUCCUCUGUCGAAUAUUGGAUCUGCUUUCCAUGAUCGGAAAGGAUGUGCAGGUAGAUGCUGUGACGUUGGAAGGUCUGAUCCAGCGUCAUCUGACAGCGUUUAAGAACGCUCACGGUGAAGACGAACUUGUGCCCAAGUUCCAUUAUGCUCUACACUUACCGCCCCUACUAAGACAGCAUGGCCUUCUCAUAUCAUGCUGGACGCAUGAACGCAAACACAAAUCGCUCAAACUUUUCGCGAACCAAGUUAGCAACGCCGGAACUUGGUACGAGAUGUCGGUCUUGCGAGAAGUGACGCACAGUGCCAUCAACUGCAUCCUGGACUUCAAACCCAGCGACAUCAGGUUGCAGAAGCCAAAGCCAUCCAGGAAGAUGAAGUGCGCAAUCCUUGAGUUGGAUUUUUUAAGGUGCAUGGAUGGUGCUUUUGUUGCCACUGUGGCAGACAUUCACGGCUUGACUUGUCAUGCAGGUGAUGUGGCACUGCUACGUUUGGACGGUUCCGAAUGUGUUGGGCGCGCUCGUGGAUGCAUCGAUCCCGCAGAGGUGCGAACUGUCAUUUGUUGGUGGCAGCUGACACAUCGAGAAGUGGACACUAGUGCAAUUACUGUUUGUCGAUAUGUCCGGCAGUGCUUCAACGGCACGCUGCUUGACACUUGCACAGCAGAGAUGUCGCUGUGCGCACUUUGCAGAGUUCAACUCGCAAAGCACUUGGCUGAUAUCACUCACACCCAGGCCUUGGUCCAAGCCCAGGUGGACACGCUGGGUCACGACGAAUCAUUUGACCGUCAACAAGUCCUUGGGGUACAGGCUGAGAAUUGCAAGCGUCACCUUCGGCAGCUGAAAACCAUUUCCGCAGAGGAAUGCUUUGAGCUGCAGGACCUCAUCUUCAAGGGUCCUUGGAGUGCAGAGAUGAAGACCAGCAUGGUCAACAUCCUGAACGAUGCUUCCCGAGAUGAGGGUGGGACCGGAAGCGAGGGCAAGCAGUAUUGCCCAGCAUUUGUGGCAUUUCUGAGCAAGAGUGAUGUUCAGAAACUAAACGAUCCAGACAUGGGCAACAUGAUGAAGAUUCAGGUCCUGGCAGAACGCACCCUGAACAUUGGCUUCUUCAGGCCAACUGAGCCGGGGUACAAGAUCAUUCUUGCUGCCGGUUGUGCCAAUGGCAUGACGGUGCAGCCAAGCGAGAACCUGCCCUUCAUCAACGAGUUGAAGCGCUUGGUCCGUGGAGGUGCGAAGAAGCGCCCCAAGCCCAGCUCAUGGUUGCUCAGGUUUCCCAACCAGCCAAGUGAACUUCCUCCUGCUCUCUUGGAGUCAGCAUAUGCUGCUGACGACCCACCAGUGUCUCUUCAAAACGUGGCAGAGGCAGCUGCCUUGAAAGCAUCCGUAGAUCUUGGGUGCCGCAAGUCAAAGAAGGCAUUGCAUGAAAAGACAGAGGCUUCCUCUUGGUCUAUGGUUCCAGCCACUCCUGCUUCGGCAAUGGGCGCAGGCAUUCAGAUGGGAAUGCCCGGCAACAUGCAGAACCAGAUGCAGGGAAUGCAGGGGAUGCUCCAGAUGUGCCAGAUGAUGGCCUCAAAUCCAAUGCUGUUCCAGAUGAUGAACAUGAUGGCAAACAGCGGGCAGCAAGAGAUUCCCAUCACCAUGAUUGGGAAGCGAAGUGACCGUGCAUCGCCCUCAUGCCCUGGCACACCAGCAUCGUCUCCGAAGAAUGACUCGCAGGAGCAAGAGGUUCCGCCCAUUGAACCUGAAGAGAAGGCCGCGGAGGCACCGAAAAUUCCUUUGUUCGAUUUGGGUGCGCCAGACGAGAAAGACUUGAAUUCAGAUCUUCAGAAAAAGGCUCAAUCGAUGGUCGCCAGCCAGGCGAAGGUUAUGGAGAGAGCCCUCGAAGAACGGGCCAUGAAAAAACCAGCCACAUGCAAUCCAAAGGCAAAGGCCAAGUCGACCGCAAGCAAGUCAGAGACGAAGGCAAUCAAGAAAGAUCAGGAAGGCGGUCUCAAAAUGGACCGCAAAAACAUCCACUCUCGCACGUACACAGCGGCGAAGCUCAAGUUCUUGAAGCAAGGCUUCAAGUUGGAGGACGCAGUUGAGAAGGCAAGUGCGGUGGCGGCAAACGAGCUGAAGAAGCACGGCUUUGUGCCCCAUCCAAAGAACCGGCCAAACAAGAAGAAGUGA